AUGAUCAUCAUCUUGGCGAAGAUUAUUCUAGCCGCAUACAUUGGCUACGAGUCGUCGAAGCUGCCCCAACGGUGGCUUUACGAUCUAGGCUUUGGCCUGGAAGGGCCCGUCACAGAAACGGAAAUCCUCGAGAAAGCCCACAUGAGAGCGAGCACCACGGCCACCACGCGGGUUCCCGGCAGGGCGGCGUUCGCUCCCGGAGCUUCGGAACGCGUUACGCCAUGCUCGACCACGCGUUCACACACGCGGCCAAAAAAACAGUACCGCUGCGCCGUGUGCGGGAGCACGUCCAGAAACGCGGCUGCACACUGCGACCUGUGCGCCUGCCGGCAGUACCUCCCGAGGCACGCUCGCAUGCAGAAGGGCGAAAAGCCGUACAAGUGCUCCGAGUGUCUUGCGUCGUUCAACGAGAAGAACUCGCUCACCCGCCACAUCCUCACGCACACCGGCGAGAGACCGCAUCACCAGCGCGUCACUUGCGCCCAGUGCUUCCGGACGCCGCAUCACCUCGCGUGCCACACGCGGGUGCACACGGGCGAGAUGACUUACCCUUACCCUCCGUUCAUCGGCUCGUUUCUCCUCCUGGCAGAGAGCUCGUCCUCGCCAUGUAAGGAGGAAGAGCGGCGAGUGUGCAUACCUGCGAGCAGGGCAGCUACCAACAGGCCUGCAGCGCCACCAGCGAAGCCUAAGCGCAGGCGGAGGGGCAUGAGCUCCCGGGUGUGCGGCAUCUGCGAGCGAAUCUUCAGCAGCCGCUCGGCCGUGCGACGACACCUGGUGACGCACACGGGUCACAAGCCUUUCUCGUGCACCGUGUGUGGCCGCCCCUUCUCUCUCAAAGGGAACCUCAUGGCCCACAAUCUCACGCACUCGGGAGCGAAACCCUUCGAGUGCCGCCUGUGUCCGCAGGUGUUCUCGCAGCGGUGUUCGCUCAACCGUCACCUUCGAAGAACGCACAAGAAAGGAGGAAAGUGA